AAGAUGAUUGAUCGGUCAAGCUUUUUUACUUUCGGGUAUCGAUACGGAAAGGUGUACGAUAGUGAUCAGGAAAACCACUACUCACGCGAAAACCCGCUCACAUCACUCAACGUUGGCCGAAGCGUGCAAAACGUGCAAAACAACGGAACAACAUUGUCACGGAAUGUUACAUAGUCAAGGUGAAAAUCAAGCAAUAUGUCCAAACAUAUGCAUGAUGAAACACCACAUUCUACAUGUUGCAACGAGGAUGUUGAAUCGUUCAAAC